AUGCCGCAGGCGGGUGCUGCUGCUGCCCUGGGUCCGGAUGCCAGCGGGUACCAUGUGGGAAGCACCGGGCGGGCUUUGGGAUGGGCCUACCUACGAGCGGUCGACGUGAAGAUCCUACAGCAGCUGGUGGUGGUGAACGAGGGCAUCGAGGCGGUGAAGUGGCUGCUGGAGGAGAGGAGCACGCUGACCAGGGGCGCGCCGCCCGCCCUCUGCAGCGCCUGGACCAGCAGCCAGUACAGCCUGGUGGAGAGCCAGGCGGCCUCGCGGCGGGGCAGCUGGGACAGCCUGCAGGACCCCAACGACAGGCUGGACAGCAUCUCCGUUGGUAGCUACCUGGACACAUUAGCUGAUGACAUGGAUGAGUAUUCUCAAAACACCGCUGAAACCGCUGCCGCAUCUGUGCCGGGCAGAGCCCUGGUCAGGGCAGAGCAGGAUUGGGUCAGGAUCGACCCUGAGAGGGGUCUUGCAAAGCAAGAGAAGGGCAAAGCGGAGCACGAGUGGCCCCACGUGGACCUCUCCCCACCUGGGCUGCCCCAGGAUCACCGGUUUGCUAAGGAACCCCAGGUGACCAACGGGUAUUUGGGCCAGCAGCCCUCCUCUCUGGAACCAGGCAGAAACACCAAAUUGCCGUCAGGGGCCGGGGAGAGGCUGGGGAAGGGGAACCUGGGUGGGAAGGCUCGGAAAGCCGAGGAUGACUUUGAGAACUGCAAACUCAACAGCAAACUGCACCUGGAGUACGAUGCCCACUGGCGCUGGCUCCAGUCUCAGGACGAUGUGACGUUCUUGUAG